CCCUCUGUAAAUCAAGAGAUGGCAAGGUUUUAGAUUAAAUAUGAAACUAAAUAAUUUAAAAAGUUUUUAACCUUUUUUGUGUGUUAUCACUGUGCUGUCAUUUUCAUGUAUUUUUCUAAUUCCGUUCAGAUCUUUCCCUGGUUUCUUUGGGAAAAAAAGUUUUCUUGGAAAACGAAAAAUGCAUAAUCCAAGGAUCCCUGUGACACCACCUUUUAAAGCAUGGAAACCUUUCAGUUUCUAUGUAUACUUGCUGAACUGUAAUGCAGAAACAACACCUACCUCCUCUGAGGAAUUUCAGCUUGCCCAGGCAGGACUGGGUAAAAGACAUCUCACAAUGACCAGGGACAUGAACCAUGAAGAGUUAUUUGGACUUCUUCAAAGUGAAUAUCCUAAAAUGCAGGGUCUGACUGGAGGAUGGCUGCUCUACAAGGCUACAGGCGGUCAGGGAAAAAGGAAACUGACACUGGUGCCUCCUGAUUCUGAAGGUUACACAGGGACCUUAAUACGCAGUAUGACAGGAAAUGGGAAAAACUUGCUGUAUAUAGUACCUUUACAGCAAGAAUUUGACCUUACUCCGUUACCUCCUGAUGCAGUUGAAUUUAAAAAUAUGCCCAAAGCACAAUGCCAAACAUGCAAAGUAAGUCUGCCAUUGCACAUUUUGGCUCUUCAUGUGCAGGAGUGCACAGAGUCUGGAUCUUCAGCUGAGGACACAGAGGCAUGUCAAACCGAGGUCCAAAUAGCGUCCGUGCAACCAUCUGAAGAGCACACCAACACAGAGAAAUUGGAUGAAGAAAAGCUUCAGUGUCCUAUCUGUAACUUGAAAUUUGCUCCUUAUUUCCUUGAAAUCCAUGCAAGCACAUGUGGAGAAAGAAGCAAAAAUGUAACAGACAUGGAUGAAAUUGAGGAGAACAAAAUAGAAGAGGAGCAUAUGAAAAGUGUUGAUGAUGUAUUGGAUGCUAUUUGUCAAAGAGUUGAUGUGGAGAAGCAGUUCAGCAUCCUUAUUUCAAGAACAAACAUUCUGGAGAGAGGCCUUCUGCAGUGGCAACGUCAAAAAAAAAAAUUCACCCACUGCCAUGUUGAAGGUGUCCUUCUUUGGGGAAGCAGGAAUCGACACUGGUGCCCUUCGAAAAGAAUUUCUCACAGGUAAAUUU